AUGUCCUCGUCUUCAUCCUCCAACGACGCCCUCGUCACCUCCUCCGAUCCCCUCCACCCAGCCAACCACAUCUGCACCCUCUGCUACCAAUUCUACGGCCAUGGCUGGGUCACAGGCACGGGCGGGGGAAUUUCCAUCAAACGGGACGAACACGUCUUCCUCGCACCCUCAGGCGUGCAGAAAGAGCUCAUGAAACCCACCGAUAUCUUCGUCAUGGAUUAUGCUUCUAAAGAGUACAUUCGACGUCCACAGGAUCUCAAACCCUCGGCCUGCACGCCUCUCUUCAUGGCCGCUUUCACGCAUCGCGGGGCUUCAUGCUGCAUUCACACCCAUUCCCAAUGGGCGGUCCUCGUUACAUUGAUCUGUGAGGCGGGCCUCCAAGGUCCCCAGGAUUCCUUCGCUAUCAAAGAAAUCGAACAGAUCAAAGGGAUUUCUCGCGGUGGUACGGGAAGCUCGGAGAUUGCCGAAGGAGGGAGGAAGAUGGGCAAUUUGGGAUACUUUGAUACUUUGCGAAUUCCGAUUAUUGAGAAUACGGCGCAUGAGGAGGAUUUGAAGGAGACGUWGGAAAAGGCGAUCGAGGAGUGGCCGGAGACGUGUGCGGUGCUGGUUAGGAGACAUGGACUGUAUGUGUGGGGAAAGGAUGUUGCGCAGGCCAAGACGCAGUGUGAGAGUUUGGAUUAUCUCUUUCAGUUGGCCGUUGAGAUGCACAAGAUGGGUUUGAAGUGGACUUGA